GACACUUUUCAAUCUCCCAGAAGUUUGUCCUUUUCAUCGAGACGCUUGAAGACCCUUUGCAAAGAUGGCGGUCCUACGUGUGUCGUUGCUGUUGGGCUCCUUGAUCCUCCUUUUCUAUUGGACAACCACAUCUGCUCUGUCACAUGACCCCACCUUCAGCACCACCAACUCUAGACCCCCCACCAGAAUCAGGAGGGACCUGACCUACCUUACUCAAGAGAAAACAAAGGAAGUCAUGGACACUGGGAAAGCUGCUCUGGAAGCAUUCAAAUCUACAUUUGACGUUCUUCAGGAAACUAAAACGUUGUCAGGCAUAAUGGAGAAGAUCUCAAAGUUUUCUGGCUUGGUGCCAGGCAUCGGAGGUAUAAUCCUCUCCCUUGUCAGCAUGGUCUUAAUCUUCAUUCCUCAGGAGAGCCCCACGGACCAGCUGCAGGCUGAUCUGGAUGAGGUGAACAGGAAGCUGGACUCUCUCUCCAUGCAGAUCUCCAAUCUGGCAACAGACGUGGAAUGGCACAACUAUGCCAGCAUCUACUCUCAGGACGAGGUCCGCAUCCUCAACGCCUGGAAGAAGUUAAACGAGACCCUAGAGAGUUCCUUGACAGCUCAGACUGAGGAGGGGAAGAUCCGUGUAGCCGAGAUGUUCACCACCUUCUAUGAGAACACGGGCACUGAAGGCAGCGUGGCCAGCCUCUACCACUACCUGACCGUCCAGAGCACAUCUCUCAGCAAGAACCUGCUCCAGAUUCUGAAAAACAAGUUUAAAUGUGACUUUGAUGACGUGGCCACGUACGGAUUCUAUUUCAACAGCCUGAUGUGGAGGGGGAUGGUCCUCAACCAGUUCUACCUGAGUCUGAUUGGUUUCGACCCAACACUAAAGGCAGCUGAACACACCUCAAUGAUGAAAAAUGUCGUUAAAGCUCAAAAAGAAGUUCUGAACUAUUGCAAGAACAACUACAAGGAGUACAUGAAGAAGGAUGUGGAGGAGAUUGGCAAAGCACACAGCUACAAGGACAAAAAACAAAUCGCCUCAGAGAUCAAGAAUGCUUUGGACAAGAAGUACUUCUGGUACAAGUGGGUGGUGGUGGUGUACAACACGAAGCAGGACUACCCUGACAAAACAGAUGGCUUCACUGUAAUCCCAAUAGAGGAGAUCACAGUUGCUGUGGGUUUCAUCAACAAAGAAAAAAAUGAUCUUGAGUGGAGUAGAGACGACUUUUGUUAUCGUGCUCCGUACUGCAGUGAUUUGGAGCAAAUUAAGCACAUGGGUGAUUGCUAUGUAAAGAUUGUAGCUACACACGAGUAUUCUGUAGAGUUCAAGGAAGUCCCUAAAAAAUUGAUGCAUGUCUCUCAAGAUCUAAACUUUGCUCUGGUCCCAGAUCCCCUUUUCAAGCACGAGUGUAGGUCAGGGUACACCUCAAAGGGCUCCUUUUCCUUUUACUACUUAAACGAACUGGAUGUUUGCAAUGAGGAUCCCUGUAUGAACGGCGGUACAUGUCAGAGGAUGCUGGAGUCCAAUGACUGGAUGUGUGACUGUCCAGAUGAUUACUAUGGAAAAAGAUGUGAAAAUGGUACCGCCAUCCAGCAGCCUCCAAAGUACCUCGUGCCUCACCCUGUGCCCGCCAUCAGCACCAUCGACACCAAGCUGAACAACAUGCAGAGCAAAAUUGAAGAGAUUUACUCCCUCCUGCAGCAGAGAGGCUGACAGAGGCUGACAGACGACUGACGGACGACAGGCAUGACGACUAAACGCCAACCGACAAACUGACCGCACAUCAGCUGAUUCAACACCUGAGGAGAAAAGAGUGAAUCUGAAACAUCAACAGAUAAAAACCACUGAGAGGCUCAGCUGAGAUCGCUGUCAGAUUGUCAGGUUGGAUUUUUAAUGAUUAACUGGACUUUGGAUUUGAUUUUUUAAACAUUCUUUUUUUCUUUUCAAUCUGUUUCCUGAAACUUGAUGUAACGCAUCCUGCAAUUAGACUGAGCCUCUGUGCAGCAGAUCUGAAACCAACACCUUCAGCCUGACUGACACAGAUGAGGAAAAUCCUGAAUCUGAUGCUUUUAUGCUGCAGGCCUCCUGUCCACUUUCUCAUCAAUAAUCAAACUGUUUAAUAAAAACUCUCACUUUGCAUUUCAUGAUGUGUACAUUGUCUUUUCUU